ACGUGCAGACUGCACACUUUGUCUCCUUUUGUGUAGACCAGUAAUUCCUUGUUUCUACGUACUAUCGUAAGGUUUUGUAGUCAUAUUGUAGCUAACGUCACGCAAACGAGAAACUUAAUUGCAAUCUAGUCGACAUGACAAUAAACUAAUCUGAAUUCGUUUUAAUUGAAUUGGACUGCCGAGCGCGUCUGGUGCGCAUUCCCAUUCCGUUAUCUUUCGGCAGAUGGCAGUCAAUUAAAGGCUAGCAAUUCUGCAAACCGAGCUUGCAAUAGACCCCAGUGUCAUUGUUUAUAUCGUCGGCCUGCAAUGCACUCGGUGUGUGCGCCAGUUAUUCAAUGAAUCGAUGAACUUACUUUAAAUCUUUCCUUCUGUGAUAGUUUGGAGGUGGAGUGAGAGGGGGGAGAACGAAGGACUGGAUUCUGCGGAGAGGGUUAAAGUAGAAAACGAUGGCGAAAGAUCACCUGAAACCGCGUCUGUGCCAUAUGAUAAAGGAGGAAGGUGGUUACGGUUUCCACUUGCACGGCGAGAGGGGGAAGCCCGGUCAAUACAUCCGCAAAGUGGAGCCCGGAUCCCCGGCAGAAGCCUCGGGUCUGUCCGCGGGGGACCGGGUUAUUGAAGUUAACGGGCACAAUGUGGAGAAAGAAACGCAUCAUCAGGUUGUGCAGCGGAUCAAAGCCAUGGAGCAUGAAACGCAGCUGCUGGUGGUGGAUAAGGAGACGGAUGAGUACUUGCGUAGUCAGCACCUUGCUAGCACAGGGGACUAUGACCAGACUCUCCCUGCAGAUGCCUCCAAGGGCAAUGGGCUGGUGUGGAAGCAGCAAGUUGUAAUAACCAGCGGGGAGCCCACAAGAUUAUCCAUCAGGUCCAUUGAUGGGACCAAGAAGGAACUCAAUGGACAAGCCAAGGAACCCUGCCCACGACUCUGCUGCAUGAAGAAGAGCCCUAAUGGCUAUGGAUUUAAUCUUCACAGUGAGAAAGCAAAGCCUGGACAGUACAUCCGAUCCGUCGAUCCAGACUCCUGUGCAGCCAAGGCUGGCUUACGCCCUCAGGACAGAGUUGUGGAGGUGAACGGUGUUAACAUUGAAGGGAAGAAACACAGCGAGGUUGUGGCUUGUAUCAAGGCCAGUGAAGAGGAAGCCAGACUGCUGGUGGUGGAUCCAGAGACCGACCAAUACUUCAAGAAACUGGGAAUAACUCCAACCGAAUCGCAUCUGAAAGGGUUUUCGCAGCCACUUGCAAACGGAUCUCCACGGACACAGGUUAAUGGAGAAUCUCCCGCAUCCAUCAACCAUGGCUACUACAGCCCCAAUGAGGGGACAGAGGUGAAAAGAGAAGGGAACAGCGACCCAUUCGUAGAGAGUGGAUUGAAUUUGAGCCCCACAGCAGCUGAGACCAGGGAGAAAGUCCAAGCGAAGCGCAGGAACAAGCGGGCACCUCCGAUGGAUUGGAGCAAGAAGCAUGAAAUCUUCAGCAACUUUUAACGGACUAUCCCAUGGAACUCUUCAGUGACCCUGAUCUUCAGUUAAUUAAUCUUCACUCAUCCACUUGCUGUCACGGCAGAGUAAACGUUGCCUGUUAACGUGAUUGAUAGAACACUGUGACCAAAGCUUUACUCUUUAUUUUCAAGCUAGCUACUUGCUUUGUGCAUAGAAUACGACUAGCAACAGAUCUGCUGUAGUAUGGGUUUAAGAUACAUACCGUAUACACGCCAGAGAUCUGGUCUGUCUUCCAUCCAUUAUUUUUCUUCUUUUUGUGUUCCUGACCCAGAUUUUGAUACACUAAGUGGCCAGGAUAAUGGGAUAGAAUUAUUCUGUUAUUAUAUGGUAUGGGGGGGGG